AUGCGCCGCCGAAUAACCUACAUUCAGCCCCCGCACGCCCCCUUCCACCCCUCCCAAACAACACUCUCACCGAACACGCUCACAAUCAGCAACCUCGACGCCGCCCGCGAGGAACGCAUUACGUUGGGGUUUGAUGAGUUGAGCGGGGAGCUUUGGCAGGUACUGAAACAAUGUCACCAGGUACACGUGCGGUGGGCGCGGAGAGAGCAAUACCAAGCCGUCUCACCGUUUUCGAGUCGUGUGAGUCCCGGGUUGCAUGUGUUUUACUCGCCGAUUCCUUCUUCAGGUCAUAGUGGAUUGGACAAGGAAUCCUUGUGUAUAUUGUUAAAGAAGGUUUUCGAUUCGGGGUUGGGUUGUGAGAGUCCCGAGAAAUCGUUCAUUACGCCUCCGAUCCUCUCGACGCGAUUUGCUUCGACCGCUGCGUAUCAAUUCUACGAAUUACUGCCCUCGCUCGAGAACUUGGUGACGUAUAUACAGCAGAAGCAUUGCGGGCGGGAUGAUGAAGGAUGUUAUCGGCGCGCGGAGUUGAUCUCCUCGGCUGAUUCUAUUGAUGUCAACUAUGAUAGCAUAUCGCACUCCUUGACGAUGUCCGGGUAUUGGUCGAAGGCGCCGGGCGGCGCAGAUGGGUGGACCGAGGUUAUCCAGAAGUAUCAGGGUGCCAAAGGUCAGGUGGAAGUUGGGCUUCUGGGCGCUGAGCCGGCGAAUGAGCCGGAGGAGAUUAAGAUGGGCGGGUUGUUGGCCGUUGUUGGGGAGGAUACGGAGUUGAAGCCAACUCUUUUCUCGUUUCCAUCGCGACAUCACCUUCACCCCGAGGGCGCGGCGUACUCAGUCUCGUUCUCGCCUCCUACCGGUCUGCAUCCUACGAUGACUAUCUCGAUGCCCCGGGAAACGCUCAAGGGGCCACCCGGGCGCCCGGACGCCGAGUGCGCUCUGCACGCCUACCUAACCCUACCAUCCUCGGUCUUUGGCGACAAGUACCAGCUUUCAACGUCAGACGAACUAUUCCUCAAAUCACAUAACCUGGUUGCUCUCAGAGCGGUGGCUGGUGAGACAGACCUCGAGGCGCCGGAUUGGUUUGUAUCCCACUGGGGCUCAAGCUGGUUACUCGAGCUUGCGACUCCGUCCCAGUCCGAUAAGAACCUCGAGGACUGGAACGUCACGAUACCCCUGCACCUGCGAUACCUGCAUCCCUCCGAAUCAGGGUACCGGACAGCUUUCGUGCCCUGGCCCGUAGUCUUCUGGGCUUGCACCGCGGAGGACGGCACAAAGAUGGGGAUGAACCCAUUUGAUCGUGUGAACCUGGGAUGGGAAGGUCUAUUUGGACCUAAAUCCAUGUUCUACCAGCUGCAACCUUCUCCGACUAAUGAGGAUGCUGUCCUCGUAGAGGAGUUGAACGUGCCGGUUCUCACUCUGCAAGAAGGGGGCAGUCUCUUCCAGAGUCGGAUUAUUGAGUUGAGCACUGUUGCUGUCAUAACUCUUGGCUUCCUGUGGGUAUUGUGGAAGCUGGGGCUUGUGGCGGGGUCCUCGGGGAUUAGACCCCAGCGGAGAGAGGCUGACAAGCACGCGAAAGCCGAGUAA